AUGGACUCGCUCUUCUUGAACAUCAAGACGGGCAUCAAGACCAACGCGCUGAAAAAAGACAUCAAGGAAUCCACCAUCAUCCAGCUCGACAACGUCCGCACGUCCUAUGUUGAUACCAGGAUUAGCGCCAUCGACGGCUCGGCCGUUGAGCUCCCCCCCGGCGACGACAUUGGCCACGUCGUGGUUGGCAACGUCAAGAUUGGUGGCCAGGCGUUCGGCCAGUACAGCGUCGACGUGGAUGCCCCUUCCGAGCGCCUCCUCAAUCAAUUUACGCAAAUGUACAGCAGGAAGCCAUACUACAUCAGGCAGCGUCCGCAGUACGAGGCGUUUACUCUCGACGACAUCAUGAACGUCAAGGACCACGGCGUCAAGGGCGACGGGGUCGGCGACGACACGGCAGCCAUCAACUCGGUCAUGCGCAUGGCAUCGACGAGCAAGCUCAUCUACUUCCCUGCAGGCUCGUACAUUGUCACGGGCACCAUCCAUGUUCCCUCGCACGCCCUUAUCACCGGUGAGGUCUGGUCGCAGAUUGUGGCCAGCGGCCCCUUCUUCCAGGACAUGAAGAAUCCCAAGCCCAUGGUCAAGGUGGGCAACGACGGCGACCAGGGCACUAACGUGGCCGCUGAGGACCAGGGCUCCGUCGCCAUGUUUGACGCGCAUUUCCGGGUUGGCGGCGCCUACGGCUCGACUCACCCUGGCGGACUGCCCCAAGGUCACCAGCAUCCCCAGCGCCUGUAUGGAGCUUCCAUGCUCUUCCACGUCACGCCCAAGGCCAACGGCUACUUUGAGAACGUCUGGGGCUGGGUAGCUGACCACGAUCUUGAGGACCCCAAGAACACCAUGGUCACUGUUGCGGUUGCUCGAGGCUUCCUCAUCGAGUCCAAUGACGGCCCGACCUGGCUGUACGGCAGCGCAUCCGAACACAGCAUACUGUACCAGUACAACUUUUACAACACGGGCAACCUGUUUGCGGGCAUGAUCCAGACCGAGUCGCCCUACUUCCAGUACACAGACGCCACGUCAUCUCCCGGUCCCUUCAAGAACUCCCUGGGCGUCUUCAGCAACGAUCCCGACUUUUCGGAGGCCUGCAACGGCUCCAAGCUUCAAUGCGACUUCUCCUAG